AUGCCGCCGACCCAUGGAUCACCCACUCCGUCGUCCUCUGCGGCCGGAGAGGCAUCGACGUCGUCGUCUGUGCUAACUCCAGUUCAGCCUGUGGCGCCAGCGUCGGUGCCGGUAGCAAAUCCUGUAAGCCUUGCUGAAGUGACUCCGCUACGGACUGUCUCUCCAACGACGAUGGUGACGCCUGAUCAGCAGAAGACGUACAUGCAUAUGCAUGAUCCCUUGUUGAUUGAAGAAAUUGUGCCCAAUGAAGAGCUGCGUUUUGAGAGCAGAGAUGAAGCAGAGGAGUUUUACAAGUUCUAUGCGAGUAAGGCAGGAUUCGACGUGCGCAUAACCAAGACUAUGAAGAUGGUUUUGGAGAUGAGUUGCAAUAAACAAGGGCACUGGGAUUAUUAUAAGCCUGAUGAGGAGAGAAUUCGAGAGAAAAUGUCAAUGAGGUGUGAUGUUCCCCUGAAUGCAACAGUAAAUGUGUUGUCAGACAUAUAUGGCGGUCGCCAAAACUUCACAUUCACUGAAAGGGACCUGAAAAACAGGAAAGCUGCAGUGGCCAAGGCAGAGAGGGAAAAUGAUAUUCCCAAGUUGCUCGAGUUCUUCAAGGAGAUGAAGGCCCAUAAUGAAUAUUUCUACUAUGAUUUGCAGGAUGAGCAAGCUGAUACAUUUGAGUGGUUGUUUCAAGCAUUCCAAGACUGCAUGUUAGGGAGUCGAGAUCCUAGAUGUAUACUUACAGACCAGGAUAGCGCGAUGGCUGCCGCAAUCAAGAGGGGUGUACACAUGGGCUGUCUACAAAAAUAUAGAGAUACUUAUAUAUACAGUACUGCAUUCCGUAUUGACUCAGAUGCAGACAAGGCUGAUAGUUUCCUAGUGACACACACAAAUCACUCGUGGAAAUAUUCAUGGUUUCAACAUUCUUUCAAAGUGGAGGCUAAUGUGGAAGAAGGUAGAUACACAUGCGAUUGCAAGACAUGGGAGCAUACAGAUUGUGAAGACGAGAGGUACGCAACAAGAAAGUUGGUAGAUUUAGUAAUGAUGGCCGUAAGGGCGCUCCACAAAACAAGUAUUGGGGUUGAGAGAGGAAGCAAGGAUCUGCAAGCAUUGGCUGAGUGGGGUGAAUCAGUUGCGGUAGGUACUGGACCAUCGCAGAUGGGGGAUCUUAGAAACGAAGAAAAUGUGUCAGAUGGAAUAAGAGGACCUGAAGUUCCUGCGGUCGAUGAAGUAGUGGCAAAUGAUACUGAAGAGGAUCCUCAUUCUCCUGCAAUUAGAAAAGACAAGCUAAUUUCGGAAUGUGCGCCAAAGGGUGCUAGUACAAAGGGGAGGAAGCGCAAAGGGAAACAGAUAGUCUGA